AUGUCACAAGUUUUGAAGAAAGCAGAUGAUGUGACGGUUGUUACUUCUAGAUUGGUAUUCCCGGUGCCGGAAAUGAGGACCAAGUGGGAGAGACUUUGGCCGAAAGAUGAGAGAGGUUCAGCUGUAACUAGUCAGGAGUCAAUUGUCCGGUCGCGUGUACAACGUUAUAGUGUUCAUGACUCCAAACAGAUUUCUAAACAGAUUGGAUAUGUAAACACUGUGAACACUGCUAGAGUUUAUUCGGAUGGAGACGUCACUUGGUGCUGGGUGGUCCACAACAAGCUUCAGCCAUGCGUCAAAAGCACUCCGAAUGGAAAAGUCUUCACAUCGACUUGUUUUAUUCAACCGUCUAUCAAUCAAUAA